UGUACCAUGGAUAGUGUUGUUGGCCUUCCCCGCAGAAUCCUGCGCCAGCCGUGCGUCGAGCUGUACAUGGGUCUCUAGUCCGUUGGCGUAAGAGAUGGGCUGUCGGGCGGGGUCGGUCAUGGUAAUUUGUGCUGGUGUGCGAAGGUGGUUCAGAAGUGUGUGUGGCCAAGAAAGUGUCGGUAGUGGCCAAGUUGCUUUUUGAUGCGUGCUCGUCUUGGCUGGCUCCCUUUUGUUUCCUUGUUCUUGCUCGUUUUCGAUGAGGGAGCUGAAAAGACACCAGUGACCCCGCUCAUUGUUGGUCGACUUUUGGGCGCACAGCACAUGGAGAGAGAACAAUCCCUCCCGCGUUUUGAAACAAGCAGUCCUCGCAUUCCCCCAGCAAAAAAUGAAUUUCUCUCUCUCUCUUUCGCCCCUCUCCUCACCUCUGAAUCAAUCACCCGAACAGAAACGGCCAAUACCUGGUUUCUCAUGUCGCACCUCCAGCUAGGCAGGAUUUCUUCUGCAGCAGCCAUGGUCGGCAUGAACAGCGCAGGCGCUAAUCCGCUGCUGCUGGCCUCAGCUCCAGCCUCCUUGGCGAGCCUUGGCUUUCGAGCAGCAUCUGUGAGUCCCUUGGUUGUUCACAACACAAUACGGCCCUUCUUGGCGAAUGUGGGCAGGAAUGCGCUUGUUGGAGCAGUGGCAUUCACAGGACAGCAUGGAUUUGUCUCACUCCCCGAGGGAGCACAGGAUGUCGGCAAGCUGGUCUCAACCGCCACCGAAAAGAUGGGUCUUGGUGACAACCAGUUCGCGGCAGGAGGGUUCCAAUUGGCAUUGAUCGGAGGUAUCCUUGCGGGAAUCAGAGUCCUGGGGUCGCAUGCGAUCGAGUAUCUUAAGAAGCGAAUCGUCGUCACUGCCGAAUUCGAUUCGAGGGAUGAAUCUUACAGCUGGAUUCUGGUAUGUCUCUUCUUGGUUUGAGCUUCUUCUUGCAAGGAAUUACACACCGGGGGUUUUGCG